GGUUAGUCACCCAAGCAAGAGUUCCCUUCUCCCCCACCCACCUUGGAUUGGGUCAGGUCCCUCGUUUCCCCCGUUCAUGACGUGCAUCAAGAUUCAAGAGCACCAGUUCUUCCGACGGAACAGAACGAGUGCCUCAGGAUGGUCUCGCAAGAACAGAUUCUUAGUGUCAGCGUCCUCACCUCUCCACCACCUUCGAAAAAAGAAGUUUUUUUUCCGUUUAGACGAGCGCGAGUCGUGUGCCGUCUCCUGACAACUUGAACCUCCUAGCCCCUCAGGCUGAGCGACUCCUCUUCCAUUCUUUCUGCCUGCCUUUCUGCCGGUCGGUCCGUCUGCUACAACGACUGAUGUUAUCAUGAUGGAGCCCCGCGCAUCGUCUCUCCUCUGCGUCCUGCUCUGCACUUCGAGUGCGGCGCUUUUCACUUGCUGCGCCGCGUCUCCCGCAUCAUUCCUCGCACCGUUCCUCCCGCGCGACUCCGGCGCUUCUGCCGCUUCUCCCGCCGUUUCCGCUGCUCAGGCCAGGCCGCUGGCUUGGAAUGGGAAGACAAUCCUGAAAUAUGUUGUCAAGUUGCAUCCUACCAAGCGCAAUGGGAGGAUCAUUGGGGACAAAGGAGCAUGGGGGAAACUUGUCAUUAAGCUGAUCAGGUACUCCUCCACAUCUUUUGCCCACGUUCUCCGAAUUCGAGUCAUGAACGUCAAAUCGGGGUCGGAUCCUCUCUUUGCCACUGCGCGCACCUGCUUGACUGCCGUCCCCCUUGCGUUUCCACAUCCCUUCUUGAACAUCACGAGCGACAAGGCUGCCCGCCGCAAGCGCUACAGCUUUUUCUACUCGGAGCUGGGAGCCAUGCUGAAUGAGGCCAACGGGCGCACCGAGACCGAGCACUUUCUUGGUCUUGAUGCUGGCGACAGAUAUGUCGUCUUUGGUCAUCCAGAGAACCUGCUUGCGCUCUGUGGAAAGUCGAUCAGAACCGUAAAUGUGAAGAGGUAGGUAGGCAGGUACCGGUAGUUAGGUGCUGUUUAUAAAACUUACAACAGUACCCAUGUUUCUAGUUGGGCCCAACUUGGUAGGGGUUUGACCAGAUGUAGGGGGGACUGUUAAAGCCCUUGACUAAAAUAGCAAACUCUAUUCAAGUUGGACCAGCUUGAACAAGAAAGGGGGCUUGGUUUGAAGAAGAGUUGGGGGUUUUCUUUUUGGGCAGCUGUGUAAGUUCGAAAUAGAUUCGGAAGCAGUUC